AUGAGCUCCAAAGGAAAGAAACUCUUCGAUGAUGAUAGUACCAGCCAUGGGGGAAGGAAAAGGAAGCGACUGAAAAAAGUAUCAAGCAGUUUGUUUGAUGAUGAUGAUGAUAAUGACAACGAUUUGUUUAACACAGAAGAUACCAGCGCAUCUAAAUCCAAAGGGGUUGUCGAAAUUAAGGACGACGAAGAUGCAGAACAGGGGGAUAUCUACUGCACCACAGGAACUACCUCCCCCAAAUCAGUGCAGAAUAAGUCAUCAAAAAAACAUGCGUACCAUGAUAUCACGUCCUACUUCAAAUCAAAUUCCAAAAGGAUGGAGCAUCAAGCAGAGGAAGACAAAGAGGAAACCGGACAUAAUGUGAAGGAUAAUACAGGAGAAAAAAAUACAAGUCUCUUCAACUUAGAAAGUGAAAAAUUAAAAAACGAACCUUCUCAUACGACCACCGGGGUGAAGAGGCAAAGGGAACAAGACCUAUCCAACAUGAUAAACGAACUUAAGUAUAAAAAAAAACACACCUCUCCAGGGAAGGGAAAAGCCAAAGAAGAAUCCGACCUUAACAAUAGCGGAGGGAAUAUCACAAAAAAGAAAAAUGACACCACCUCCACGUCCACCAUCAAUGCAAAUAAAAACAACAACUUCGACUACCUCCCUUUCCAUAGCCUCAAAUUUGUCUUAACAGGAGUUUUUAAAAAUUUCUCUAGAGACGAAUUACAAUCCAAAAUUAAAGAGCAUGGGGGAAAUGUUAUGUCAGCUGUAUCGUCAAAAACGCAUUAUCUCAUUCAUGGGGAGUACCUGGAAGAUGGUCGAAUGUACAACGAGGGAAAGAAGUACCAGAAGGCCUUGGAAGUGCAGAAGAUGAGUAAGUGCAAUAUUAAAAUUUUGAAUGAGGAGGAGUUCUUACAGAUGCUACCAGAGGAGAAGAACAAAACAUCCAAGUGGGAAGAUGCCGCGGACGGGAAGGAUGAUCAAGACGCAUUAGAAAAGAUGCAACAGAGCGACUUCACCAAGGUUGGAAGUGAAAGUGGCGCCAGCGGAAGUGGUAGCUAUAACCGUGGAACACACAGCGAGAAGGAAACCCCACCCAAAUGCAGUGCACCUGGAGACCAACAGAAAAUUCUCAAUCAACUAUGGGUGGAGAAGUACAGACCAAGAAGCUUAAAUGAACUUGUCGGAAACACUCAAAAUGUACUGAAGUUAAAAAAUUGGCUAGCUAGCUGGGAUGAUGUAUGUAUAAAGGGAUUGAAAAAACAAGUAACGAAAACAUUUAGAGGGGUGUACGAAAAUGUAAAUGCCAGGUGUGCCCUUUUGAGUGGCUCCGCAGGGAUCGGAAAAACGACGACUGCAAAAAUUGUGGCCGAAAGUUCAGGAUAUAACGUUAUCGAAUUUAAUGCAUCCGAUGAGAGAAACAAAGCAGCAGUAGAAAAAAUCAGCGAAAUGGCCACUGGAGGGUACUCCAUUGCUUCUAUCAAAAGCCGAAAAUUAACAAAAACUUGUAUAAUUAUGGAUGAAGUAGAUGGCAUGUCCAGCGGAGAUAAAGGAGGUAGUGCAGCCAUAUUAAAAUUGAUAGAAAAAACAAAGUGUCCAAUUAUCUGCAUUUGCAAUGACAGGCAAAAUAGCAAAAUGAGAACAUUAGCCAACAAAUGCUACGAUUUAAAAUUCACAAGUCCUAACAAAAAUAGUGUCGUCAAUAGGCUACUGGAAAUAUGCAAAAAAGAGGAUAUCACGAUGGAGCCCAACGCAUUGGAACUUCUAUGGGAAAGCACAAAUGGAGAUAUGAGACAAAUGCUAAAUGCACUCCAAUUACUCUCUAGAACGUAUAAGCGAAUCCAAUUCUUGGACUUGAAAAAAGAGUUAAACAACUCUAAUAAAAACAUACAAUCUUUAGCUAACCCAUUUGAAAUAACACUCAAACUUUUAAACUUUCAUGAAUCAUCAAAAUUAAAAAUACGAGAAAUUAUGGACCUCUUUUUUGUAGACUAUGAAUUGAUCCCAUUUUUUAUAAGUGAAAAUUACACCAAUGUAUUUAAUGAUAAUGACAAAUCUACUAACUGGAUAAAUAAAUGGAUUGCCUACUCACAAAUAUCAUACGAUUUAGCCCUAUCAGAAAAAAUUAAAUACAAUAUGAAAACUACAAUGGAUUUUUCCCUCCUUCCGCACUAUUCCAUCCUGUCAUGUGUAUGUCCUGUCAUGCGAAUUAAAAUGUUAAAGGCAUAUAUGUCUGGCAGAAUUAAUUUUCCCUCCGCCUUUGGAAAAAUUUCCACCUUUAACAAGAAUAAAAGGCUACUAAACGAGGUAUGCUUUAACAUGUCGUACAAAUUGAAUGUCUGUCCAAAGCACAUGGUUACCUCUGGGUUCUUAAAUUAUAUAUAUGCACAGAUUAUUUCUCCACUCCAAAAAAGUAACAUACCCAAGGCCAUCCAACUUAUGGAAGAAUAUAACGUUACCAAAGAAAUGAUCACGGAAAAUAUCCCCUGCUUGAGAUUACCCACGCAGGAAAAUUUGUAUGAUAAAUUGGAUUCAAAAAUUAAGGCGGCCUUCACUAGGCAGUACAACGCUUUUCAUGUUAUCAAGAAUGAUCCUAAUAUGAUGCGCAAGGGGCUCAAGUCAACUGAGAAGAAAAGUUCCUUCAAAAUGAAUGAAUACGAAUCCGAUGAAGACAUGGACGACCUCAGUGAAUCCAAAGAGGACAAGGACGACGACAUACUCGUCAAGAGUAAGGUCGACAAGAAGCCUGCCAGCAAGGGGAAGGCUACCCCUCGCUCCAAGACAACGAAACGAUGA